AUGGUCUCGCAGCCCGACUCUUCGACGUCCUUGACCCUGCGAGGGCCUUCCUCGGUCGUUUCGCGUCCCUCCCUCUCGCGCACGAAACGAUACAAUAGGUCACAUGUCGGCGUCUCUACCAGCAUUCCUCAAAAUGAAUUUCCUAUAUUCAGCAACUCGGGCGACGUCGAGAUCAUAGUCAAAGUUGACGGCCACCAGAAUCGCUAUCUACUGCAUCGCCACACUCUCACCCGAUGUUCCGGCUUCUUCGAGGCAAGUACAAGUCUUGAGUGGUCCAAGCCCGUUUCGGAUGCCGCUUCAGUCGAACUCGGUCGCAUAAGUGACGGCUCCGACUCUGCCUCUGCUACCACUACCUAUCGAGCCCUGACUACGCCAGCCGGUGUUCGAAAACGAUGGCGCUACGAGCUGGAUCCGGGGACCGGCGAUGGGGAUAUACCAAUGUUGGUGCAAAAGGACGAGGAUCGGUCCGACGUUGCUGGGUCUGGGCCUGAAUCUCUCUUUGGCUGUGGUGUCGCUCAGAAUCGCCACCAGCCUUUACCCGCCACACGCAGCAGGACCUCGGACCAUUCGCAGUCCUCCUCCGGUCAAGGGCAACCCUUUUUUCGCUCCGUGGCCAAUCUGAGCUUGAUCCCUGGUUCGAAAUCAGCCCAAUCGCUGUCUCAGGCUGAUCAAGACCUGCUCAGAGACUACGAUAACCUCUUUCGCAUCUUUUACAAUUAUCCCCCGGCUUUGGACGGGAUCAACAUCGCCGACGCCUAUGUGCAGUGCAAGUCGCUCCUCACUUUGGCGGACCAGUACGACGCGCUGGCCGUAGUCGGCCCCAGAGUUGACCACCACUUGCUGCAGUUCCAGUCAAGGCUUUGGAAGCAAAUCGCCAAGUAUCCCAUAUCCUAUCUCCGCUUGGGCUAUCUCGCACGUAGCAAGGUAAUCUUUCAAGAGGCUAUGAUACACGUAGUUGGGCAAUGGCCAGCAGGAGAACGCAGUUUGCGAGCUGCGCUUCCAGAUAUUGUCCUCGACAUCAUCGAAGAUAAGGUGGAUGAGCUCGAGGAAAUCGUCAGCCGUAUCGAGGGUCGCUUAUUGAGACUCAAUCUCUUGACAGCCAGGGGUGAGCGCGUUACACCUAGCACGUCGUACUUGGAUUGGCUCGCCGUCAGUUUGUUUCGGCAGUGGCUGGCCGACAAUACCAGUCCUUCGCUAUUCAAAGACUCUCGGGAUGGCCGUGGGUUCGAGCCCCAGCAACUUGCCCUCCCAACUUCGGUCCCCCCCCUGGCAAAUGUUGGUCGCACGUAUCGAACACUUGGGUCGUCAUCGUCGUCCUAUCUUGGUCAUGACGAGUGCAAACGGUUCCUGAAAUUGACGCCUGAGCUGUACAGCCGCGACAAUCUCAGACGUUUUGAGAAGCGGAUCGAUGAACUCAAGAUGAUGGCUCAUGAUAUUGUACGACCCUUGAUGGGAAGUGGCCUCGAGUUGGACAUUAGCAGUGGGAGAACAGCUGAUGGGAUUGGUUACCUCACCUGCACCACCGUCGGGGAUCAUGAUCUUCCAUGGCACGUUGAGUACUGA